AUGGCCACAGAAACAGUGUCCUCAUCCUUCACAGAAAUUUACGAUUCCCUUCCAUAUUACGAUGAUGAUUUACAGAAAUUUCCAGAGUUGAAAGAAAAGGUGGACCGCGAGAUGGCUCGGGAACUGGUCCAGCCCACAUCUCUUCACCCCAACGUACCUCCACCCAUUCAACUUUUUUCUAACAACCCCUUGCUGAAGGCUGAACUACAACGUGUUGAAGCCAGCCAACCGUUUCCACCUCUUGAUUCUCUCAGAUAUCAGUUACCUGCUCCUACCUCGACACCAGGAACGAUACAGGAAUGGAAAGAAGCUUUGGAUAAUGCCCACGCUCAGUUGCAACAUCAACGAAUACGACAAAACAAUUUGGCGCUAUUGCAAACCUAUGGUCCCAAUGCUUGGCGGAUACAAAACUAUCUGCUAGAAGAGACUAAGAAACAAACUGAAAAAGCAGCUGAGGAACUGGUGCAACUUACGGUAGAGGUCAAUCGGGACCGAAAAAAUACGCAGGAUCGAUUCGGGAAACAAUUGACGCAGCUGGAGACGCGGUGGACGGAACUUAUCUCGAGCGUGUUGCAGAUUGAAAUGGCGAAUGUUGCAUUGGAUGCUGAGAUUAACCGACUAAAUCAGCGAGAAGCUGAGCUGGCUGAGCUAUGA